AGUCUGCGCAGUGCGCAUGCGCGACGGCAGCGCGCAUCCUUCGGUGCAGGGUGCAGAGCGAAACGCAGCGCGGCGGGAUGGGGGUGGCCAUGGCGCUGCUGCUGCUGCUGCUGCUGCUGCUGCUGCUGCUGCCGCCGCCGCCUGACGCGCUGCCGCUGCCCCCAGCCCCGCCGCCCGACACCGUGACCCUGUUCCGCUGCCGCCCGGACCAGUUCCAGUGCGAGCCCGGCGCUCCCUGCUUCCACCGGGAGUGGCUCUGCGAUGGGCAUCCCGACUGCACCGGUGGUGAGGACGAGCGUGGCUGUGGCACGGCAACCCCAGCAGAGCCGAGCCCCGAGGAUACCCGGGUGACCCCCGAGGAGCCGAGCUUCAAGGACACCCAAGUGAUUCCUGAGGAGCCGAGCCCUGAGGGCACCCAGGUCACCCUGCUAUGGAGCGGGGCUGUGCUGCCCGUUGCAGGGGCCUCAGCCACGCCUGUGCCCGGGGGCUCUGUGCCUUCGAGGAGUCAAGGCCGCACAUGGAUCUUGAUGGUUGCAGCGCUCCUGAGCGUCCUGGGAGCUGUGGGUUCUGUGGCUGCGUGGGGCCUCUCCAAAGCAAAAAGCAGAUCUGGCAUCUGGAGCCUUGAGAAAGGAUCCAGGGAGCAGCUGAUGCCUGGCAAGAGCCACGCAGGGAUCUUUACCGUGAGGUGACAAGAUGGGAGUGGCCCAGGCUCCCUGGUGGUCACCACAGAGGCCGACUGAACGGGAGAUGAGCUCUCAAAUCUGUGUUGUUACACUGGAAUGACAAGAGUAUCGUAGAGCCGUAGAGUCAUAGAAUCCUUAAGGCUGGAAAAGACCUCCAAGAUCACCAAGUCCCUUUGUCAGCACAGCACUACGGUGCCUACUGAUGCUCUCCUUGGAGAUAAGUCUUGGACUGUGGGACUCCUUUGGCUCUGGCAGGAGCACAGGCCCUUCCCUGGCUCUGUGAAAUCACCCCUCGAAAAGGCAGUAGAAGUUUCUGCACAGUUCUUGCCUCCAGGGGUUGUUAAUGCUGAUUUUUCACCACUGUGGCCUUGGACGCAGAGGUUUUAUUCUGCAGGAAAUGGCAGGGACUGGCUGCUCUUCACCUGUUUGCUUCCACUUCCAGCCAAGAGACCUUGUCCGCGUGCCCUGUUCUUGCCCCUGGACUUGGCAAGGGAGCAGGGGCUUUCUCCUCCAUUAGACCAGGCAAUCGCUGGCUCCACUCACACCUGACGAAUACUCCACGGCUGCGCUGGUGCUGCGAUGCUGCUCAGCCCGGGGGAUGGGAGGCUUUUAGUGGCAGCUCAGCCCCAGGGGGGGAAGUUGAAAAGCUUCCCAUGUGCCCUGGCCUUGCUACAGCCACGCUUGGUCAGCGCGGGGCAGGCAGCUUCGGGGCGACUCCCUGCCCGCGAGGAUCUCUUUCCACCCCAGGGCUGAACCCGGUGUUAGAGAAGCAACUCCCAGUUAAUGGUGUCUUCUUAAAACUGUUAUGAUUUGAGUGGUGUCCCUCAAGGAUCUGUUCUGGGACCAGAGCUGUCUAAUGGCCUCAUCACUGGUGGGUACGGUGGAUGCAGUGCGGCCUCAGCCAGUUUGUGGGUGCCACCGAGCUGAGUGGUGCAGCGGAUUCACCUGGGGAGGGGACGUGCUCCAGAGGGAGCUUCAGGCUGGAGGAGUGGGCACACAGGAACUUGGUGUGGUUGAGGAAGGACAAGGGUGAGGUCCUGCCCCUUGGCAACCCCUGGGGCAGAGAAAGCUCUGGGAAACCUUAUUGUGUCCUUUCUGUAUAAAAAGGGGGUCUGUAAGAAAGAUGGAGAAAGACUUCUGAGCAGGGCCUGUAGGGGCAGGAAAAGGGGCAACAGUUUUCAAGUGGAAGAGGGGAGAUUUAGCUGAGCUCUAAGGAAGAGUUGUUUUCUGCUGAGGUUGGGGAGGCUCUUCAGGUUGUUCAGAGAAGCUGCAGUUGCCCCAUCCCUGAAGGUGUUCGGUGCCUGGUAGGACGGGGCUCUGAGCAACCCGGUGGUGUGGAAGGUGUCCCUGUCCACAGCAGGGGCUUUGGAGCUGGAUGGGCCUUAAAAUCCCCAGCCCUGCUUUCCAAGGAGGUGGGAGGAUGGUUGCCAGGGUGGCAGGGGUCAGCAGUGCUUUGACGUGAGGCCGUAUCCGUGUGUCCUGCAGGGCUACUAAAACUACUCUCUCAACCCCCAAGCCCCACCCCACAAACAAACAUCCACCCCUGUGUCACCCCCUAUCCCUCUCUCUCUUCCACCCCCAAACAAUCAGAUCCCUGCCCCAGCUCCGAUCCCCCUUCCUGCCCAGCUCCUGCGCCUUCCAGAGCCCUGUGCUGCCUCCUGACAUCCCAGUGUUGGGGGAUGUUCCGGCCCGGGAGGCUGCCUUCGUCCGUGGGGACACCAGUGCCCAGAGAAAUGGUAUCGUCUGGGGUGGUGUCCUAUUCCAUGGACACGUCAGUGGCGACACUGAUGUCCAGGACUGGGUGUCAUCUUCCAUUAGGACAUCUGUGCCCAUGGAGAUGUGCAAGGGUGGGAUGGUGUCCUCCUCCAUCUGGACAUCAGUGACAACAGAGGUGUCCAAGCAGCGAGGUGGUGGCCGAUGGUGAAGGUGGCAGCCAGAGGCCGGUCUCUGCUCAUGAAAGUUUCUUGCUAAGUCCAAGACGGCCUCCAACCACCACAUCUCCCACCAGUCCUUCUCUGUACCCAGCAGGUCAGGCGAGGCCCUUCCCCUGGUUGGCUCGCUUACUGGCUCUGUUGGGAAGUUCUCUUCCGUGCCCUCCAGGAACCUUCUGGAACCGUUCCACUCUGCGGUCUUGUAUUUCCACCUGAUGUGCCACAAGUUGAAGUCCC